AAGUAAGUCAGAUCAGAUAUACCAGUCAUCAGUAUUACUUGGGGGACGGUUCUUGCUUCAACAGUGCUUGAACGGAACUUGUGUACUUAGCUUGUUAUCAUUUAGACAUCCCCGUUAUAUAGCACUCGACUUUACCAUGAGCUCCCAGAUCCGUCACAAUUACCAUCAGGAAAGCGAGGCCGGUGUCAACCGCAUUGUGAACCUGCAGUUACAUACUUCUUAUGCCUUCUUGUCUUUGGGAAGUUACUUUGACCGUGAUGAUGUUGCACUGCCCAAAUUCUCCAAGUUUUUCCGUAAACAGUCUGAGAAGAAGAGGGAGCAGUCAGAGAAGUUCCUUGAAUUCCAAAACAAACGUGGUGGAAGGGUGGUGCUUCAAGAUAUUAAGAAGCCAGAAGCUGAUGAGUGGGGAAAUGGGACCCAAGCCAUGGAAUAUGCCCUAAAACUAGAAAGGAGUGUGAACCAGGCCCUACUGGACUUGCAUAAAACUGCCACUGGUCAUGUUGAUCCUCAUAUGUGUGACUUCCUUGAGUCGGAAUACUUGGACAAAGAAGUAAAGCUAAUUAAGAAGUUGGGUGACCAUAUCACCAAUCUGAAGCGUCUAAAGGCAGCUGAGGUGGGAAUGGGAGAAUACCUCUUUGACAGACUGACCCUUGGAGAAGACAGUGACUAACAGUGCUUCCAUAAUCUGGUCAUACUGUAAAAAUCUACAGAAGUUAUCUGAGAAUACUCAAUAAAGCCUCCAUAAAAGCAUAAA